UGUCUUGUGCCCACCGUAUCGUGAAUAUUGUCGAGUCUUCGGUGCCCAGGCCACUACACUUUUUUCCUAACGCCGAAGUUGGCCAUAACAGUAAUUUUGUUAAACACAAUUUUCAUCCGAAUCCAUCCGGAAUGGCUAUCUCCAAACCUGAACUAGCUUGCGUCUACUCGGCACUCAUCUUGACCGACGACGACAUCAACGUGACGGCUGAAAAAAUUCAGACCAUCCUCAAGGCAGCCAACAUUGAAGUUGAGCCAUACUGGCCAGGCUUGUUCGCCAAGGCAUUGGAAACCGCCAAUGUCAAGGACUUGAUCACGAAUAUAGGAUCAGCUGUAGGAGCUGCUCCGGCUGCUGGUGGUGCAGCGGUCGCAGCUUCGGAGGGCGCUAAGGAAGAAAAGAAAGAAGAUAAAAAGAAAGAAGAAAGCGAAGAAGAAGAAGAUGAUGAUGACAUGGGCUUCGGUCUGUUCGAAUAGACUCUUUGUUUUCCUUCCUAUUUUUUUUUAUAAAAUAAAUUUUUGUGUAUAUUAUACAUAAA